GUUCUUACUCCAUAAAAUUUUGAAACCACGGUUUUGUCAAUCGUAUCGCGAUCCGAUGAUCAGUUCUACGAAAAUGUGACGCACCGGUCAGGAAAUGGCACGAUGGUCGACUGUAUUGUCGGGAGUAUUCCUGGCCCUUACAAUGGUCCUGUCCCUUGGCAAACUUCUGAUGCUUGCCACCGGAAAUGGAAACAACGGGGAUGUCACCGAAGCAGAUCAGUGGCUGGCCGAAAUCGGCCUUAAACAAUACCGGCCUCUCUUCAGGAAAAAAGGCAUCUCAACCCUUGCGAGCUGCGGCGAAGUGGACGCGUUACCGGAACUGCCGGCACAGGACGAGGAACGAUUGCAACGAGCAGCACGUUUGUUACAGCAGAGACUCGUUUUACGCCAGUGGUUGGCGGACCAUGGCCUGCAUAGCCAUUACCAAAAGUUGAUGCAAAUGGGAGUGAUGUCUCUGGAAGAUGUAUACUGGAUGGAGGGUCACAAGGCACUUGCAGCGCUUGGCAAGGAUUUGCCGCGUUGGAUGCAGGCGAGGCAAACGCUGCCUAUAUCAAAGGAAGAUUUAGAAACCCUCAAGGCUGAUCUAUGGAGCGCUGUGGUGAAGAACAGUCAACAUCAGGACGCCUGGACAUGGGGUGGAAUGUUGGUAGUUUCUGUGUCUGUGGCAGGGUUAGUGACCCUGGCUGCUAUGACACAGCCAGCUCUAGCACCAGAGGCUAAACAUUCCCUACUGCAAUAUGUGACUGGAAAGUAUUUGCUACCGAGCAACUGCCGGGUUCAUUUUGCAUGGGACGAACCACGGCUCGUGGGGGAGACAAUGACGUUCACAGUGAAGUUUUAUCAACGCAACGGCCAACCUUACCCAAUCUGUGACAAAGACAAUCUGAUCGUUGAGGUCACAGAAGGAACAAGAAGGGUAGCUACCCUGAUAGAGCUGGGAGGCACCGACCCGUUAGCUGCAAACACUGCAGUGGUGAAAUUUACUGUCCGCCAUGCUGGACAAUAUCGAAUAGCCGUACUUAUUGGUUCUUGUCACGUUCACGGUAGCCCGUUUCUUAAAAAUUUUCUUCCCGGUCCUCCAGAUCCAAAUAAGACCGUAUUCGUGCGACAAAGUUCGACGGUAGUUUGUACAGCUGGAAUUGCACACUGUAUGACAAUAGAACCGCGGGACGAGUACGAUAAUCUAUGUAUAUUUGGACCUGGAGAUAAACCCACGGAAGGCUACCAAGUUAACAUCACUCAGAUUGGUAAUGUAGUGGAUAAAUCGGCUGUUACGAAUUGUAGUAUACAACUUGAUUACGACUCUCCAAAUCAGCGGAUUCAUUUGAAAGUUAGUUUUCCAAAGGGUGGCUGUUAUCAUGCGACAGUUAGUUUAGCUGGUUUACAGCUGCAUAAUGGCGAUUUCGACAUCAUUGUCCUCGAGAGUGAUGUUGCCAGAAUGGUGCACAAUAACGUGGCCUCAAAGGACCCAGACAUUUGCUACGCGGCGAAAUUGUUGGGCAUGCAGGGCGAGAAAUUCUCGAAACCAAAAAAAGUUGUCUGCUUUAUUUCGCCUAAACAGCUUACGAUUAAGGAAUACUUGUUAAGAAUCAUACCGAAGAGACUCGUUACUUUCAGGCUUUGUCCAUCUACUAAAUUCCAUUUUGAUUGUUCGAAUAAUCAGUACGAUGGUUACGACUCUUUUUCUAUCGAUGAUGGAUGUCAGCCACCCGUUGAAUUAAUUUCUCUCUAUCGAGAUAUAAUAGCCGCUACAUUUACGUUGUUUUUGUUGAAAAACAUAGGUGGAAGUGAAACUUUCGCCGACAAACAAGAUUUCUUUUAUCAUGAAGUGAGAAAGCAUCAUCAGAAACAUUACCACGAAAAGCUUUCGAUAAAAGUUCAACGCGAGAAACUGUUGGAAUCGUCCAUGAAAGCAACCAAAGGAUUUUCCGUGAGCGAUUGGUGUAGAAAUUUCGAGAUCACCUUUCAGGGUGAACAAGGCGUCGACUGGGGUGGUGUAAGACGAGAAUGGUUUGAAUUAAUUUGUGCGGCACUAUUCGAUCCUGGAAACGGCUUAUUCGCGACGUUUGUAGAAUCACAACAGGCACUAGUUCAUCCUAACAGUAAACGGCCUUCACAUCUCAAGUUAAAACACUACGAGUUUGCAGGACGAAUCGUGGGCAAAUGCCUCUACGAAUCGGCACUUGGUGGUUCCUAUCGACAAUUAGUGCGAGCAAGAUUCACAAGAUCAUUUCUUGCGCAAAUCAUAGGCCUCAGAGUGCAUUAUAAGUAUUUCGAACAAGACGACCCGGAUUUAUAUCUGAGCAAGAUAAAGUAUAUUCUCGAGAAUGAUGUCGAGGAAAUGGAACUGUAUUUCGUUGAAGAAGAGUACGAUAAAGACGGUCAAUUAUUAAAGGUAGCUGAAUUAAUUCCCGGAGGUAGCAAGAUUCGUGUAACGAACGAGACGAAGCUACGUUAUUUGGACGCACUUGCGCAACAUAGACUCGCUAGUUCUAUACGAAACGAAGUCGAACAUUUUCUAAGGGGUUUGAACGAACUCAUUCCCGAUAAUCUUUUGGGAAUCUUCGAUGAGAACGAACUCGAAUUAUUAUUAUGUGGAACUGGUGAAUACAGCGUGGCAGAUCUACGUGCCCACCACAUAGCAAACGGGAGUUCUCCAGAGUUUCUUAGAGUUCUAGAUUGGUUCUGGACCGCGGUUAGCAACUUUACACGGGAAGAGAUGGCCCGACUAUUACAAUUCACUACAGGUUGUUCGCAAUUACCACCCGGUGGAUUUCAACAACUCAGUCCACGAUUUCAGAUUACAGCAGCACCAACUUUUGCUAACUUGCCUACAGCACAUACUUGCUUCAAUCAGCUCUGCUUACCCGAUUACGAAUGUUACGAUCACUUUGAGAGAGCUUUAUUAUUAGCAAUUAGUGAGGGUACUGAAGGUUUUGGUAUGAUCUAAGGAGAUUCAAAGUCCAUUCAGUUCUAGUCGUAUCUAAUUAUGAUAUUUAGUUAACAUUCUCUUUUUCUUUCGUAUUAUUAACAUAGUUUUACUUUAAGAUAAAAAGAAGUGUGAACAUUCCCUUUAUGGGGGUCAGAAAA